AUGUUAGUUAAAUGUGUUUAUCCCAUGUUGGCAAGUCGAUGGAGUUAUAUGAAAUUGAUUUCUUGUAAAAGUUUAACUACAUCAAAUGUAUUUUUCGGUCAAUCUUCUUCGGGAACAAAUCGUGGUGCAUCAUCAAAAUCUAAUGAAAAGGGAGAACGUUCGAAAAAUGAACAAAAAAAUCAACGUCAACAAAGUGGAAAUAAAGACCAAGGUCAAGCUAAAUCUGAUGUUGAACAAGAAAAAUCUCAACAAGAAGGUCCAGCUGAUAAACAAGCUGAACGAAUAUCAUCAACCAAAAACUGA